AUGGCUCCGAAAGGAGGCAAGGGAGGGGGAGGCGGUGGUGGUAAAUCUGGUGGUGGAAUCAGCGCGAGCUGUCCCGGCGCAUUCAAAAUGUCGUACCUAUCAACUCCAAUACCUUUUUUCGUGUCUUAUUGUGUCUUUUUCCUGGUCAUACUCUUCAUUAUGAUUGGUAUCGGAAAGGUGAAGAAGAACUAUCCCCAAUCGAGGAAACUGCUCGGUGGGGUAUAUGGCGUAGCACAGCUGUGCUUCCUCAUUGGCUACGCUCUGAUAAUCAUCGCAACCAUGCUCAAGGAAUGCGCAACCACGGACUACUCCUCCUACUUUUCAUGGCAAAUUGCAUUCGGAAUCUUCUUUAGGCUCGGCUACUUCAUUCUCCUCGUCGUCUUCUUCUGGGGCGUCAACAGCCAUUUAGCAGUACCUCUCGGCGGCACUCCUACCUACUAUAAGAUCAUAAGCGGAGUUGUUCUGGGCUUUAUUGGCAUUCUAACUGUGGCUGUCACUGGUCUUUCUGCGUACAACAGCUGGACCGCAACAGACGCCGGGUCGAACGCAGAAUCAGUUAUCAGUCCUUUCAAAGGUCUUUUAGUCGCCUAUUUGGUCUUCUUCCUUCUUUCUAUCUUCGCUGGAUUCGCGCUUAUGGUCGUUUCCAUUUCUCAAAUGCGCUCAAAAGGCAUACCCACCCAUGGACUCAUGGGAUGGGCCGGUUUUGCCACCUUUUGCAUGUUCAUCUGGGUCCUCUUCUAUCUGGUCGAAGCCAUUGCAGCCGUCAUGGACAAAUACUUCGACCAGGGGAAGGCCUGGGACCAGCAGCGCACAUACCAAGCCUUUGAAUACAUCGAAGAUCUCUUCCAAGCCCUCUCCUUCAUCGCCAUCCUCUGCAUCGCAAAGCAUCGAGCCUUUGCUAAUCCUGCCGCUGCGGUCCCGCAGCCAAUGUACAACGCCGCUCCGACAUACCAGUCCGUUCCUCAACAGCCAGAAUACCAGAAGGAAGCAGUCGCGCAGCAGCAACACGUUUACCAACAUCAGCAGAUGCCGAAUGCUCAGAACCAGCAGUAUCAAUACUUGAAUCCGGCAACAGGACAACCAUAUUAUUAUCAGCAGCAGCAGCAGCAGCAGCCGGUGUAUAGUAACGCGGUGCCGAUGAGUGCACCGAGUCCGGAGGUUACGAAUUCGAAAUAA